CACUUCACCUCGACAGUUAAUGCUAGUGACGUAUUGUUUAUGUGUGUCUAUCGUAAGUGCCUGCUUGGAAAUGGUAUUGGAAAGCAAAAAGUCAGAAAGAAAAGGAAAAUUAAAAUUAAAAGUACAUACAUUCCUAAAGACAAGUGUUUAUUCAUUAAUGAUAAAAACCAUGUGCACCGAUGUAGGACACAGACUAUGAUUUAGAGGCAAACCCCUUUUAUAUGCGCUCAGGUAAUAGCCCGGCUACUAUGGCUAUUUUGUCACAGGACCCCAAGGAAGCACGUUGAAAUGUUUACGGUAGCAGCACUGGAAAGCUAUGGACUCUAAUAAGUGUCGAUAAAUAAACAACAGUUAAAACAAUAACCGAAUGUAUAGAGAUAAUAUAACAAGCAGGUAACGAGAAAGGGAGUUAGCUAAACUAGCUAAUAAUCCGGGUAGUGUUCGGUGACUAAAGGAAAGGUUUCAGGCGGUUUCAUUUCUACAGUUAAGUUGAGACCAACAUGACGUGUUCACUGGUAGUUCCAGUCAUUGAUGUCCAGAAUGAUAAUUUCAGAGAGCUUUGGCCUGCUAUGGUAGUGGCCAUUAAAUCGUCUUCUUUCGUUGCACUGGACACGGAGCUGAGUGGUCUUGGAAACAGGAAAUCCUUGCUGGCUGAAUCUAUAGAGGACAGAUAUAAAGCCAUAUGCCAUGCAGCUCGCUCUCGCUCCGUCCUCUCUCUGGGAUUUGCCUGUUACAAGAAACUGGACAACAAGGCUGCAGACACAUACCUGGUGCAGGUGUAUAACCUCACCCUGCUGUGUUCAGAGGAGUACAUCAUAGAGCCCCAGUCAGUGCAGUUCCUGGUGCAGCAUGGAUUUGACUUCAACAAGCAGUACGCCCAUGGAAUCCCUUACUGCAAGGGCAAUAAUAAGGGAGCAUCAGAUGACCGGGGAGUACACAUCCGGGCCUUAUUCACUGAACUGCUGCGUGCCAGGAAACCUCUGGUGCUCCACAACGGCCUCAUCGACAUGGCCUUCCUUUACCAGAGUUUUUAUGCACAUCUGCCUGAGCGCUUGGCCACCUUCACAGCCGACCUCUCUGAAAUGUUUCCCGCUGGCAUCUAUGACACCAAAUAUGUCACUGAAUUUGAACUCCGGCUCACUGCGUCCUAUCUGGAGUAUGCCUAUAAAAAAUGUAAGCUGGAUAACAGUCGCAGUGUGUCCUCUGGAGGGGCUGGACCUCACGUUCAUAUAGAGUUCUGUCAGUACGCCGGUCACAUGUCCAGCUACGUGGACUACAGAGUGUGUCCAGCUGUGGGCUCUUCUGAAGGACAGACUGACAUCUGCCAGCGCUUCUCUGCGUUUGGCUGGUGUCCGAAUGGCACCCAGUGUCCCUUAUCCCAUGACACUGACCUGAUCAUCCUGCAGGAUGAGAAAGGAAUGGGGGACAAGAAAAAAAAGAGGAAGAGACAAAGAGACAAGAAGAGAGGUAGAGGCGGGGCGGCGGAAGGCUCUUCCAUCUUUGACGGUGCCCCUGAAAACAAAAUACCGCACAUGGAGGUGGAUCCCAAAGAAACACCGGAUGACCAGCAAGGCGCUGAGCCAUGCCUAGAAAGCGUGUCUCUAACAGGCAGUGAUGGAAACGCUCAACAGAAUGAGGGGGAGAGCAUGAAAACAGACAGCGAGGGGAACGGAGUGUGUGAAGACCACAAAGACUUCAGAAACUGUGAAACAACCGCCGCAAAUACAGAAACCAGCACAAACGAUGGCGUUGAAAGCAAAACAGAAGAAGGAGAAGGAGAAAAGUUUUGCGACCGCCCAGUUAAGACUGGCGAGCAGAAGAAGGUUGACACAGGAACGCACCGGGCGGGGUUUGAUGCCUUUAUGACGGGAUACAUUUUCGCCCACUCAUGUACCAUCAUCAACAAGGACAGAGUGGGAGCUGGAGAGGGGAAGGAGCAGCAGAAGGAGGAGGAGCAGCCAUGGCUUCCUACCAGCCUCAAUAAGGUCUACCUCAGCGGCAAGGCGGCUCCUCUCAACGUGGUUAAAAGCACCUUCUCCAAAUCCUCCAAGGCCCAUGUGCAGAAGAUGGAGACGGUGUGGGGAAUGAGAAUGUAGUGUGAACACAGCAGGGAAGCCACUAUAGUGUGUACAUACGCAGGUUAAUGGGGUAAUGUUAUUGCCAUGCUAGCAGCAGGCUCAGUGGAUACCAAUGUCAGUCCAGUCUGGUCCCCAGAGGAUGAAUAUUUAUGAUUUUGAUAAAAGCCCUGAUUUUAGAUUUUUGGUGAAAUAUCUUGACAACUGUUGGAUAGGUUGUCAUGAAACUUGUACGCACCAGUCAGGAUGAAUUUGAGAAACUUUGGUGAUCCCCUUACUUCUAGCACCAUCUACAGGUCAGAAUUUGAAUUUGCCCAAUACUUUAGUUUAUGUUUAUGACAUAGCUGCAAAGCGAAAGAGAUUCCCAUCAACCUCAGCUGUACUUUGUGUGUUUAGUGCUAAACUAAGACGCUGUUCAUGCUAAUCAUUAGCAUAUUAGCAUUGUGACAUUAGCAGUUAGCUCAAAGCACCGCCAUGCAUUAGUACAGUCUUAAUGCUGCUAGCAUGGCUGUAGACUCUCUUGUUCCUGCUGUGUAUUGCCCUUUACAUCCUCACAGAGCCGCGAUUGUGGCUUUUUGAUGAUUUAUGUUGACUUUCUGAGAAUAAAGCAAAGAAUCGGGGGUAAUGGUCAGUUUAUGUUCAUGGUAAAAAUGUCUGACAGUGAAUCUUAUGCUCCCAUAUUGUUUUUAUUAAUUUAGCAGUCUUCAGUGGAUGUUGGAUCCACUAAUCAAACUGCAAAAAAAAAAGCUGUUAUUGACUUGUAAUACCUGUUUUAAUUUAGUUUGUUAGUAUUUCUAAGUUUUCUCUGCAAACAGCCAAAAUGAGAUGUUAUAUGCAUUCAUCUGACUUUUCAGAUUUUGUAACAUUUCCUGUUUCUGAAGUUACCUGUGUAAUAAACUAACACUCUUUAACAAUUA